AUGGGUGUAGCAGAGGUAUUAACUCCAGAUUAUGGGUGUAGCAAAGAGACCAAAACAAAGCAAUCAGAGACCAAAACAAAGCAAUCAGAGACCAAAACAAAGCAAUCAGAGACCAAAACAAGUAAUCAGAGACCAAAACAAAGUAAUCAGAGACCAAAACAAAGCAAUCAGAGACCAAAACAAAGUAAUCAGAGACCAAAACAAAUUAAUCAGAGACCAAAACAAAGUAAUCAGAGACCAAAACAAAGCAAUCAGAGACCAAAACAAAGUAAUCAGAGACCAAAACAAAGUAAUCAGAGACCAAAACAAAUUAAUCAGAGACCAAAACAAAGUAAUCAGAGACCAAAACAAAUUAAUCAGAGACCAAAACAAAGUAAUCAGAGACCAAAACAAAGCAAUCAGAGACCAAAACAAAGUAAUCAGAGACCAAAACAAAGUAAUCAGAGACCAAAACAAAGUAAUCAGAGACCAAAACAAAGCAAUCAGAGACCAAAACAAAGUAAUCAGAGACCAAAACAAAUUAAUCAGAGACCAAAACAAAUUAAUCAGAGACCAAAACAAAUUAAUCAGAGACCAAAACAAAUUAAUCAGAGACCAAAACAAAUUAAUCAGAGACCGAAACAAAGUAAUCAGAGACCAAAACAAAGUAAUCAGAGACCAAAACAAAGUAAUCAGAGACCAAAACAAAGUAAUCAGAGACCAAAACAAAGUAAUCAGAGACCAAAACAAAGCAAUCAGAGACCAAAACAAAGUAAUCAGAGACCAAAACAAAGUAAUCAGAGACCAAAACAAAGUAAUCAAAGACCAAAACAAAUUAAUCAGAGACCAAAACAAAGCAAUCAGAGACCAAAACAAAGUAAUCAGAGGCCAAAACAAAGUAAUCAAAGACCAAAACAAAUUAAUCAGAGACCAAAACAAAGUAAUCAGAGACCAAAACAAAUUAAUCAGAGACCAAAACAAAGCAAUCAAGAGACCAAAACAAGUAAUCAGAGACCAAAACAAAGUAAUGAGACCAAAACAAAUUAA